CGUGUACACUGCCGGGAAACCCUUUCACAAAUCCGCCCCGGUCGCCACGGAUGUGAGUAAACGACCGUAGCUGUCAUGACGUGGUCUGUCUGCCUGCCUCGCAGUGGUCGCCUUCCAGUGAUCGAGACGCAGCUGCUGCUGACAAGCUGAAGAGCCUGAGACAACAAGUUAGCUUCCCAUCGAGCCGGACACGAUUUAUUUUGCCUGGUUAACCGCUAUUUUCUCGGCUAUGAUGAGGUGGUGACCCUGGGUCAGCCAGGCCGUGACAUGAUUCCAGCUUGGCACAGAGAAAAGACGGGGCAGAGUGAUUGAGAAAGAAGAAUGGGCAGGAGCGUCUGGGGCUGCUGGCAAGGCGUCUUCUCUACUGCAGUGCUCUAUGGCUCUUUGGCCUUGUUUACCUCCAUCCUCCACAAUGUGUUCCUCCUUUAUUACGUGGAGACAUUUGUGUCCAUCUACAAGAUUGAUAAGAUCUCUUUCUGGGUGGGAGAGACUGUGUUCCUGAUAUGGAACAGUCUGAAUGACCCUCUCUUCGGCUGGCUGAGUGAUCGCUCCUUCCUCAGCUCUCCCCAGUCAGGCUCUCAGAUCACAACUCCAGAGGUGGUGCUGAAGCGCCUGAAGGCCCUCUCCACAAGUGGCCCUCUCUUCGCUCUGUCCUUCCUGGCUUUCUGGGUGGCGUGGGCCAGACCAGGACUGCAGUUCCUGCUGUGCCUGUGUCUGUACGAUGGUUUCCUCACUAUGGUGGACCUCCACCACAGCGCCCUGCUGGCUGACCUCGCUGUGUCGGCCACCGAUCGCACGCGCCUCAACUUCCACUGCUCCGUCUUCAGUGCUUUGGGCUCAUUCUCCGUUUUUCUGUCUUACUCCUUCUGGGACAAGGAGGAUUUCUACUCCUUCCGUCUCUUCUGUGCGACUCUGGCAGCUUUUUCCAUUUUGGGCUUUUUCAUAGUGUCUCGGUUGCUGCGACAUCGUUUCCAGAAGGAAGUCCUUCUAAAACAGGAUGAGGCACAGACGCUCAAAGAGCUAAGUGUUGGCCAUGCUCCACUAACCCAGCCAGAAAAACCUGUCACCAUUGGACAGUACCUCAAGCGGCUCUCCAGACACAGGAACUUCAUGUGGUUUGUGUCAAUGAACCUUGUUCAGGUCUUUCACUGCCAUUUCAACAGCAACUUCUUCCCUCUCUUCCUGGAACAUCUCCUGUCUGACAAUAUUUCUGCCUCGACAGGUUCAAUCUUACUCGGCAUCUCUUACAUUGCCCCCCACCUGAACAACUUGUAUUUCCUGACACUGUGCCAGCGUUAUGGUGUUUACCAGGUCAUCCGCUGGCUAUUUAUGCUCAAACUGGGCCUUAGUGUGGCUAUGCUGCUGGCGGGGGCUGACCACAUUUAUCUGCUGUGCAUCUUCAUUGCUAGUAACCGGGUGUUUACAGAGGGGACGUGCAAGCUGCUGAAACUGGUUAUUUCAGAUCUGGUGGACGAGGACUUUGUGGUCAAUCGACGUCAGCAGGCCGCCUCUGCGCUGCUCUUCGGGAUGGUUGCCUUGAUUACCAAACCUGGCCAGACAUUCGCCCCUCUCAUUGGCACCUGGCUGCUGUGUGUUUACACAGGUUAUGAUAUUUUCGAGAGGGAACCUGUGAAGGACUCUCUGGUUUCUGUGCCUGACGUUGCCUCUGGCUCAGGGACCCCUCCUCUACGCCUGGGCUGCUUCUACAUGUUGGUGUUUGUGCCUAUCACCUGUGCCCUGCUCCAGCUGGCCGCCUGGUCUCGCUUCACACUUCACGGCCGUAAGCUGCAAGGGAUCAAGACCCUAAGGCAAGGGGCCCAGCAUGGCCACCUUAUCGAUGUCAAGGCCAUAUGAACUGAAAAGAGCUGUCUGAAGCUGCACACAGACACUUUUAAAUUGUCCGUUUUACAAUCCUUUGAUGUAAUGUCUUAGAAGAACAUGAAGCAGAGGGCUGCUCUGAUGUCUUCACUCUGCAGUCCAGUCUGCUGUGCAAGAAUAUGAACCUUCACACAACAUAUGGCUUUGUGGACAGUGAAAAUGCACAGCAGGCUGACAGAUCCCUCCAGGAAGAACAUAAAACAUUAAAAAAAGAAGGAACCUGCCUUAUUUUUUAUAUUAAAAUAUUGACCUAUAUUUAUAUUUGAACAGAUGACCAAAAGGUAAAGUAGAACCAAUCAGUCCUUUUGGAUGUAAACGGACCAAGGUGACAUCUUUUCAUGGUGCACACCAACCAUGGGUGCCCUCUGUGUAGCUGUUUGUAAAGCGUAAUUCUGGUCUAGAGUACAGUCUGAAUGGCCUUGCUGCUAGUUGUUUUGUCAGUAAUGUCAGCCUGAUUUGAAGAUACGAGCAGAGGUUUGCUGCAGAGCUCCAGUUCUAAUGUUAUUAACAAGAUGAAUGAAAUCAAAUUACAUUAAUCUGUUCAGAGUUCUAUUGAUACUGCAUGGAGCCUGCACUUCAGAGCUGAGUUUUAAUGUUUCUUUACAUUCACACAGAAUACCCUGCCAGUUUCAUGUUGAGAUCUGUAUUUUCUGAUACAUUCAGUAUUGAUGUUUUUGCACAAAACUGCCAUUUGUCUCUUGUACUUCUAACAUUCUGAUUGUGACAUAAUUUAUGUACUGUAGUAAUAAAAAAUGGAAUUGGGGAACUAUGAUGGUUACCAUAUUAUAAGAUCACUUUUGUAAUUUUUCAGAUUAAACAAAGAAUGUGAGGCUUUGCCGCAAAUAAACCUCAUCUAUGUUGAAAGUCGA